UAACCUAACAACACUACACAACAAGAACACAAAAGUAACAAAAUUUUUAAGGUAAAAAUGUCGUGGCAAACUUACGUUGAUGACCAUUUGAUGUGUGAUAUUGAUGGCACCGGACACCAUCUCACUGCCGCUGCUAUCAUUGGCCAUGAUGGUUCUGUUUGGGCUCAAAGCUCUUCCUUCCCUCAGAUUAAGCCUCAAGAGAACAAUGAUAUCAUGAAAGAUUUUGAUGAGCCUGGUCAUCUUGCUCCUACAGGCUUGCACAUUGCAGCAGUCAAGUACAUGGUCAUCCAAGGAGAGCCUGGAGCUGUCAUCCGCGGAAAGAAGGGAUCUGGAGGGAUCACCAUAAAGAAAACUGGACAAGCCCUAGUUUUUGGUGUUUAUGAGGAACCUGUAACUCCUGGACAAUGCAACAUGGUUGUUGAGAGGUUGGGAGAUUACCUCAUUGAUCAGGGUCUGUAAACACAGAUCAUAAGAUGAUUUCAACAUCAGUUUAUUAAUUUGAUAUUAUUCUUUGUUUUUGUUUUACAUUUUUUUCAUUUUUAUAUCGUCUGUAUUUAUUUACCACAAUGCAACCCUUAAUUGGGAGUUG